AUGGCAUCGACGACCCAGAGGCUUUCCAGCGUGCCGGUGAGGACGGAGUGCGACGUGCCGGGAAAGAGCCGCUACGUGGUGUGGCAGGACAAGAACUUCGAGGUGGACGAGAAGUAUGUGCCCAUCAAGGCCGUGGGCAAGGGCGCCUACGGCCUGGUGUGCUCCGCCCAGAACCAGGAAACGAAGGAGAAGGUGGCCAUCAAGAAGAUCAGUGGCGCGUUCAGCAACGACGUGGAGGCCAAGCGCACGAUGCGCGAGAUCAACCUGCUGCGCCACAUCGAGCACGAGAACGUUAUCGCCAUCCACGAGAUCAUGUUGCCCGGCAACACGCGGCGGUUCGAGGACGUGUACGUGGUGCAGGAGUGCAUGGACACCGACCUGCACCAAAUCAUCAGGUCGUCCCAGCCGCUGUCAGAGGACCACCUGAAGUACUUCGUUUGGCAGGUGCUCAAAGGACUCAAAUACUUGCACUCGGCCAACAUCAUACACAGAGACUUGAAACCAUCAAAUUUGCUCCUCAAUUCCAACUGUGAGUUGAAGAUUUGCGACUUUGGCUUGGCACGAGCUGUUGGAGCAAGCACCAAGAGAGAGGACAUGACCCUGUAUGUGGUCACACGUUGGUUUCGUGCGCCAGAGCUGCUGCUUUCUUGCCCCUACACAGCAGCGAUUGACAUGUGGUCAGUUGGAUGCAUAUUGGCCGAGAUGCUCCGACGGAAGACUCUGUUUCCAGGAAAGACACCCCUGGAUCAGUUGGAGAAUAUUGUGCGAACGCUGGGGCGCCCAGCUGAGCAAGAUCUGUGCUUUUUGACUGACAAGAAGUUGAAGCUUUUCAUCAGGAACGUGAAGAUACCAGAGGGCAGCAAAACACUGAAGGAGUGGUGCCCCAAAGCAAGCCCUCUUGCGAUGGAUUUCUUGGAGAAGCUGCUUCAGUUCAAUCCUGAAGCAAGAAUGACAGCGACAGAGGCAUUGGAGCAUGAAUGGCUGGCGGCACAUCAUGAUGAAGCAUCAGAGCCUUCAGCUCCGAGUAUGGCAUUGUUGGGUGGACUUGCGCAGCAAGCAUCUGUAGUAAAAUCCAACUCUGUGUUGAAUGUGGCACAGAAUGGAUCCCUGUCCAGCCUCAAUGAAUUGCACACGACGACAGCUCCUUUUGUUGGCCAAGUGUCUCCUGAAAAUGGUUGUCACACCUGUUUCAACGCCGCAUGUCAUAUUUUUGUUUGGGUAUUUGGUGGAACAUUGCUAGUGGUGUGCCUGCUUGCUUGUCCAAGUUCACUUUUGUGUUGCGCAGGGGAGUUCAAAUUCGACUAUGAGGAGGACAACAUGUCAGCUGAUGACCUUCGUCAGCUGGUUCCCAAGGAAAUGAAGCUUCUAAAGGAGCGGAACGCGGCAAGGAAAGUCCUGAUGGCUGCAGCUGCCAGCGAUGGGCGACACAGGGCAUAG